AUGGCCGGAAUUGUUCACCAGGCCCUGGCGCCUUUCACGCUCAAGGGCUUCUACCUCCUCACCUGGGGUGCUGCUCUCGGUACCAACCUCUGGCAGUCGCUCUCGAGCAUUGAGCAGCUCAAGUCCCUCUCCCGCGACCAGUUUGUGUCGCUCCAGUCCAAGGUCGCGCCCGCCUACUUUGCUACUUCAACUGCUCUCACGGGAACACUCCUCCUCACCCACUUGUACUUCCACCCAUCGCUCUUGUCGUCACCCCUCAAGAGCCCUCACUGGUACCAGCUUGAAGAGGGUGUGCAGGCCAUUCUCAUCGCGACUGCGUUUGUGCCCCAGCUCAUCAACCUCCUCGUUCGCCCCCAGGACUCGGGCCCCUCGCUCGAGAAGGGUGCUGCCGAGGCCAAGCCCACGGCGCUGCAAGGUCUCGCCGCGGCGCUCAACAGUGUCUCUGCUCUUGCCCUCAUCGGCCUCGGUCUUGCUGUGAGCAUGUAG